CCGGGCGCUGGGAGGCAGAGGGAGCCGCGUUUCCAGCUCUCCAUCAAUUAUGGAUGGAAACAAAUACUGGAGUCAGUUCUGAAUUAUCCCCGUGCCGCGGCGGGGGCAGCUCCGCGCCCGCCCUCCUGCCGAAAACAAUGCUCAGGUAGCUGAGCAGUGUUGCUGCCCCCGCAGCGCUCCGCUGUCCCCAGCCAUGCGGUUUCCCGUGCUCUGUGCCUUGGUGACACUGCUGAGCCUGUCCCGCUGCCGCGCUGUCAGCUUCCCCGAGGACGAGGACCCCAUYAACGUUGUGGAUUACCAUUAUUCAAGGCAAUAUCCAGUAUUUAGAGGACGCCCUUCAGGCAAUGAAUCUCAGCACAGACUGGACUUCCAACUAAUGCUGAAAAUUCGAGACACACUUUAUAUCACUGGCAGGGACCAGGUUUACACUGUAAACUUAAAUGAAGUUCCAAAAUCAGAAGUUAUCCCAAGCAAGAAAUUAACAUGGAGAUCAAAGCAGCAGGACAGAGAGAACUGUGCUAUGAAAGGCAAACAUAAAGAUGAAUGCCAUAACUUCAUUAAAGUCUUUGUUCCAAGAAAUGAUGAGAUGGUGUUUGUCUGUGGAACAAAUGCAUUUAACCCUAUGUGCAGAUACUAUCAGUUGAAUACAUUAGAGUAUGAUGGGGAGGAAAUUAGUGGUUUGGCAAGAUGCCCAUUUGAUGCCAGACAAACCAAUGUCGCCCUCUUUGCUGAUGGAAAAUUGUAUUCGGCAACAGUAGCAGAUUUCCUGGCAAGUGAUGCUGUUAUUUAUCGCAGCAUGGGGGAUGGAUCUGCCUUAAGAACAAUAAAGUAUGAUUCCAAAUGGAUAAAAGAACCACACUUCCUCCAUGCCAUAGAAUAUGGGAACUACGUUUAUUUYUUCUUCCGAGAAAUUGCUGUAGAGCACAACACCUUAGGCAAGGCUGUGUAUUCUCGUGUGGCACGCAUAUGCAAAAAUGACAUGGGGGGCUCCCAAAGAGUCCUGGAGAAACACUGGACAUCCUUUCUGAAAGCUCGGCUCAACUGCUCAGUUCCUGGGGAUUCAUUUUUCUACUUUGAUGUCCUGCAGUCUAUCACAGACAUCAUACAAAUCAACGGAGUGCCUACUGUUGUUGGUGUAUUCACCACACAGCUCAACAGCAUCCCUGGUUCAGCAGUGUGUGCUUUCAGCAUGGAUGACAUUGAGAAAGUCUUCAAAGGGAGGUUUAAAGAACAAAAGACUCCUGACUCUGUUUGGACAGCUGUACCUGAAGACAAAGUACCAAAGCCAAGACCUGGCUGCUGUGCAAAACACGGCCUAGCAGAGGCUUACAAAACCUCCAUUGAUUUCCCAGACGAAACACUCUCCUUCAUCAAAUCUCACCCUUUGAUGGACUCAGCUGUUCCCUCAGUCACUGAGGAGCCCUGGUUUACCAAAACACGUGUCAGAUACAGAUUAACAGCAAUAGCUGUAGACCACGCUGCUGGACCCUACCAGAACUAUACAGUCAUAUUUGUUGGCUCCGAAGCAGGAGUAGUACUUAAAAUCUUGGCAAAGACCAGGCCUUUUUCUUUGAAUGACAGCAUAUUGCUGGAAGAGAUUGAAGCAUAUAAUCAUGCAAAGUGUAAUGCAGAGAGCGAGGAGGACAGAAGAGUCAUUUCCCUGCAGCUGGACAGAGACCACCAUGCUCUGUUUGUGGCGUUCUCCAGCUGCGUCGUUAGAAUUCCCCUGAGUCGGUGUGAGCGUCAUGGGUCAUGUAAAAAGGCGUGUAUUGCUUCACGGGACCCAUACUGUGGCUGGUURGACCAUGAGGCAUGUGGAAGAGUGACACCAGGAAUGCUGUUCUCUUUGUUUGUUUCAUACAACCACAGCACUGGAGGAUACGUACAAGAUGUCGAGUAUGGCAACACGGCRCAUCUCGGGGACUGCCAUGAAAUUUUGCCUACUACAGCUACACCAGAUUACAAAAUAUUUGGCGACCCAACAUCUGACAUGGAGUUCUCCUCAGCUUCCAUUACCACAAUGGCAAGUAUCCCAGUUAUAUCACCUAAAGUGAUUGGUUCCUGGAAACCUAAAGUGACUGGCUCUCGGAAAUUUGUAGUUCAAGAUGACCCAAACACUUCUGAUUAUUCUGAUCCAUUAUCAGGUGUCCCAAAGGGUGUGAGGUGGGAAGUACAAUCAGGAGAAUCCAACCAAAUGGUACAUAUGAAUGUCCUAAUCACUUGUGUCUUUGCCGCUUUUGUCCUGGGAGCCUUUAUUGCGGGAGUGGCCGUUUACUGUUACCGGGAUAUAUUUGUACGGAAAUCCAGGAAAAUACACAAAGAUGCAGAAUCAGCUCAGUCUUGCACUGACUCCAGCGGGAGCUUUGCCAAACUGAACGGGCUGUUUGACAGUCCUGUCAAGGAAUAUCAGCAGAACAUUGAUUCACCCAAACUGUACACAAACCUGCUGACCAGCAGAAAGGAAUUGCCUCCAAAUGGAGAUACCAAGUCCAUGAUGAUGGACCACAGGGGACAGCCUCCAGAAUUAGCUGCACUUCCAACUCCUGAGUCUACACCAGUUCUUCARCAAAAGACUCUGCAGGCUAUGAAAAGUCAGUCAGACAAAGCGCACGGUAACCUCAAUGCUUCACGAAAGGAAACCCCACUAAAAAGCCCUCARUUUUUUCCUUCUAGUCCUCCGCCCCACUCUCCUCUAAGUCAUGGACAUAUUCCUAGUGCUAUUGUUCUUCCCAAUGCUACCCAUGAUUACAACACAUCUUUCUCAAAUUCUAAUGCGCACAAGGCAGACAAGAAGAUGCAACAUAUUGAUCAUCCACUUACAAAAUCAUCCAGCAAAAGAGACCACAGGAGAUCUGUUGAUUCCAGGAACACCCUGAAUGAUUUCCUGAAACACUUAAAUGAAACUACCAAUAAUCCCAAAGCAAUUAUGGGAGAUAUUCAAGUGGCCCACCAGACUUUAAUGCUGGAUCCAAUGGGCAAUAUGUCUGAGAUCCCACCUAAGGUUCCCAACAGGGAGGCGUCUUUAUACUCUCCUCCAUCGACUCUUCCGAGAAACAGUCCCACAAAACGAGUGGACGUUCCCACCACUCCUGGAGUACCAAUGACCUCUUUGGAAAGGCAGAGGGGUUAUCACAAAAAUUCUUCACAGAGGCACUCAAUAUCUGCCCUUCCUAAAAACUUAAACUCACCAAAUGGUGUUUUGUUAUCCAGACAGCCAAGUAUUAAUCGUGGGGGGUACAUGGCUCCCACGGCCGGCACAAAGAUGGACUAUAUGCAAGGGACGCCUGUCAGCGUUCACCUCCAGCCUUCCUUGUCCAGGCAAAGCAGCUACACAAGCAACGGCACCCUGCCUCGUACUGGAAUAAAGAGGACACCCUCCCUAAAACCCGACGUGCCACCAAAACCCUCAUUCGUCCCUCAGACGACAUCAGUCAGACCACUGAACAAAUACAGCUACUAGGACAUGUUUGUGCUAAGAUGAGUGUGGCACUGACCUGUACAGGUUGUGAGAUGAUGAUGUGGUAGACACAUAAGGCAGAGACUUGCUUGUUAAGGAGAACAAAGUGGCCAAAGAAACUGUCUUUACUUGAGCAACAUCUGUGUCUUGCCACGUAGCUGUAGCAAGAGUUYGUGUACUUGCUACGAGCAAACACAAAAAAAAAACAAAGGAAAGUGCUGGUCAUUACAUUUCUUUUGUUUGGAGCUAAGGAGACAUGUAGCACAAUGGGGUGGGGGCUACAUUACUGUUUUACUGUUCUAAAUAGCUAAAAAACAGUUGUUGGGAAAAAAUCGGUAAGCAAAUACUUGAAAAAUGGGUUCCAUUUUAGACUGCCAUUAAGUGUGGUCAUUCCCAUUAAAUGUGAACGUUUUACUAUGUAUGCAUUCACCUUGCCUCUUGCACAAAUGUCAGAAAAUGGUAAUAUCUCAACAAAUAGCUGGGUUAAUAAUCAAUUUGCUGGAAUUAAGUCUCUGGCCCAACUGUAGCAUUAUUAUUUUUUUCUCUCCAUGUGUGUGGCAUUUUGUUUUUGCCACAGAUAAAGCUGUGCGUGUGUGUGGAUGUGAGUGUGUGUGUACUGUACACACUAGGAUGUACUUAGAUUCCCAUUGCAUCUUUUAUGCUAUGGAAUUGUUUACAUUGAGCAUGACUGAACAAACAGAUGACUCUGCCUUCUGCAGCCCGCUGGGUUCAGCUUGGAGCCAGCUAAGGAUGAACUGCGCAUCUCUGACAGCUUUCUGAGGGGAGCGCCUGGAUCAAACAGUCACCCAGUCACAGAGUGCAGAUAUGUUUAAUUCUUCAUAACUCUGUUAUGCUGCUAUUGAAUCAGAGCUGUGCAUUUCAAAUCUCAUGUUUCGGGCUGGAAUGGGGUAGUUUUACUGUGUUUCCACAGUGCCUCCAUCCAAUACCUGGCCACUGUGAACCUGAGCCCCUGUACUUCUCAUUGAGGGCAGCUAAUAGUCAGUUCACUUGGCAAACGCCUGUGUAACUGGAGGAGGUCACGUUUUUGUUGCAUUUAAUAACGCCCUACACACUGAUAGACUCUUGUCAAUAAAAAAGGAGGAACAUUAAUUGGCCUGGCAGAAGCAGUCUGUGAAAACUCUACAGUAGUGCAAUCAAUUUGUUUUUGUUGUGUAAAGUAAGGUUUGUUUUUUUCCAAAGUCAUGCAGGUAAUGACAAUAUUCUGUAAAUAUUAUGUGUGAGUUUACCUGAAUCUGUGCAUUUUGUGCCUUAUUCAUGCAAAUGAUAAAAGUACUAAAAAAAAAAAAAAAAAUCUGUCAAGUGUUCUCACUAUAGCACAUAUCUCCUGAGUGCCAGUUGUAAAACCUCUCAACAGCACCCAAAAAAAAAAAAAAAAGAUAAAA